AUGGUCACACAGAAAUUUGGUCACAUGAUAUUCACCUGACGACUUUGGCUAAAGAGAAAACUUCGAAGACAGAAAAGUCUCCGUGCCGCAGAUAAAAAAUAUUUGGAGAGCCUAGCUGAGUUUUUGGAAGUCGUCAAGAUGAAAAUCUGUGGUCCCAAAUUGUCCCUGUGCGGACUGAUAAUAUCAGUUUGGGGCAUUGUCCAACUGGUGCUCAUGGGCCUAUUUUUCUACAUAAAUAGUGUGGCUCUUAUAGAGGAUUUGCCGCUGGAGGAGGAAUACCAUUCAUUGGAGGACUUUUAUACAGCCGCAAAUAGAGCGUACAAACAGAACGCCUACAAUUGCUGGAUUGCUGCAUGCAUAUACGUUUUGACAUUACUGCUGUCAGCACAACAGUUCUAUAUGAAUAGCAGAGUGACUGCCAACUAAUUAAAAAAUAUCACCUCAGUGUCACUGUUAUGGCUUAUGUGGUAGAGCUUUUUGGUCUUCAUAUACAGCGCUGACCAAUAAUAGUAUUGAAAUGUUUGGUUCAAGAUAUUUGUUAAACCUAUUUUUAUUAUUUUUUGUGUUUUGACACACGUUACGUCAUUAAAUAACUAUUUAAUUAAAAUGUGUAAUAUUUCGCCAAACCUAGUUAUCCUCUUUUGAACUUAAUCUGUUUCGUUGUUCCCAUAAAAUACAUUCCCACUUUAAUAAGUGAAUUCGAAAAAAAAAAUCCAACUGACGGUUUUUUUGUGGUUGUCAUUAAUAUUGAGUAAAAAUGUCAUUUUAAAUCAUUUCGAUCGAUGUCAAUAAAAUGUAUUUACAGUUUUGCUUCGUACUAUA